AUGAUGUCUCUGUCAACAAUAAAUAACAAUAUUAUUAGUCAACAUAACAUGGAACUUUCCCUAUUUUAUUUUGUGUUUAUUUUAUUUAUACUACUGUCCAGAGCUGAUCCAACCGAAUUUGAUAAUCAAUGUCCAACGUCUCGUCGUUUAUUAUUAUUUGGUGGAUCAGAUUUGUUGAAAGGAGAGAAGAAAUCUCCUCAGAUUUCUUCAUCUUCGAAAGUGUCUGUGCCACCAUCAUCGCCACCUAAAUAUGCACGCACAAGUGAAUCCAAUGGUCUCGUCUCCUACAUUCGGCCAGAUUCAUCCACUCCACGUGUUCAUAAAGGUCGAUCUUAUACUCAUUUACUUAAACCGAAACUGCAUGGUGAAAAGGAGAAGAAAAAACACAAGCGUUCUUCGUCAGAACACAAAAAAUCCGCUAAGAAGAAAGAUUCUACUCAACAUAAAUCAUCGGCAACUACUAAAAGUCAUGAAUUAGUAGCUAUCGAUGAGGAGGAACUUAAUCGCUGUCGAGCAUUACUUCAGCUUGAUACUGUUACAGACACAAUCGAUGAAAAGAAGAGCAAGAAAGCGAAAUCGAGUAAAUCAACAGUAUUUUCCAAGUUUGAGAGCGAUAACGAUGAAGAAACAAGAAAUAUUAAGAAAAAGUCUGCAGCUGGAGAUGCGUCUUCACCAAUCAAUGAGAAGAAGGCAAAGGCAACAAAAGAAAUGAAUUUUGCCGAAAAGAAACCAGUCAAAGUCGUAAACACGAAGACAAAUGACAAUCGUCCCUUUACGCCGGCGGUUGAUGCAACACCAAUCAAAAUUUCAUCACCACCGCCACUAUCAUCAUCAGCAACGAAUGCAAAAUCGAAACGUGAUCAGAAAUCGGAAUCAUCUCCUGUUGUUGAACGUCCGACGAAAGCAUUCGAUAUCGAUGAUGAACAAGCAGAAAAUGAUACUGAAUCGGUAGUUAACCGAGCUCUGCAUUUCGUUAAGAAUAUGUUUCAACUAUCUGAUGAUUCGCUCAACGAUGAACAUCGCGAUGAAAAUCACGUUAUUGACAUAGCCCAAGAUCAACAACAACAUCAUCAUCAUCAUUCUCGAAAAUUAUUAACCAUUGUUGACGACGAUGAAAUGAAUUCCAAUCAGACUGAGAUCCAUGCAUUUGAUCUGAAUUGGAACGACGAACAAUCGAUUGAAACAGCUGAUAAUAAUGAUAAUUGGGCAUAUGCUGCAGCAAGUAUUUCAAAACGUCAAUUACUGUCUGUCAAAACAAACAGACAGAUAACUCCUUCGAAAUCGAAUACUGCUAAAGAUAAAAAGGCUAAGUCAAAAAGCACGCCAGAUGCAGCGAAACCAAAGGUUGGCUGGGCAUAUCGUUAUCGUAUAUCACGUUAUUUGAAUGCUCAAAAAAUGAAGCGUACUGGUAAGAAAAGCAAAGGUGCUAACAAGAGUGAAGACAAAUCGAAACAACAGUCGAAAAAGUCGAACGUAAAGAAUAACGCCAAAGUUCCAAAACGAAAGUUGCUUGGAUAUUCUACUUCGGAGGAUUCCAGCGAACUCGACAAGAGAAUAUCUAAUCCAGAUAUUGUCGAUUCCGUAUUAAUAACCGAAAAUUUUAUUCCUAAACGUCAACUGUUAGCUUCGAAAAGCAAACAUAAAGAGAAAAGCGCUCAAGUAGAGAGUGGCAAUGAUCACCAGCAUCAAACAAAUACACGUCGUCAAAUGAAAACAUUUGAAGAACUGACCGAUCCAAUUGCUAUCGUGAACUCAUAUGAUCGCGGCUUAUUCAAACCUCGCGUCGGUUGGCAAUUUCGUUAUCGUGUGUCUCGUUACAUUGAUGCAUUACGUGAAAAUAUUCGCGAAGAUCAAGAACGUUUAAAACUGGGUUUACAGGCGAUCAAACGUAAAACACCUCAAGAAUUGAGUGGAAGACGAAAGCGUGUUUUAGACAAACCAUUUGCACCUGAUCCUGAAGAAGUGAAGAAACAAAAAGAAGCAGCUGCACAAGAAAAUAAGCCUCAUGUCGGUUGGCGUUAUCGAUAUCGAAUUAGUCGGAUGAAUGAAGCUAAACGACGAGGAGAGUUCGUCAAUGAUGAAGAAGAAAAACGCAAAACACGCCGUGAAGAAAAACACAAGCAAGCUAACAUAAGUAAACCGGUCGAAAACGAAGAAGAACUUGACAGUGAAUUACGGCAAGUGAAUGCUGAAGGUCGGCGUGUCGGUUGGGCGUAUCGUUAUCGUAUCCGUCGAAAACUUGAUGAUUUGAAACACCAACAAGCACUGACUGGAAAGCCAUUCGAUAUCGCAACAUUAGGUGGUAAACGUGAGAAGAAAACCGUUGACUCAAAGAGGAAACCAGUGGAAAAGAAAGGAACGCAACCCAUUGAACAAAAGCCUAUUGAGAAGAAGAAGUCGGCGGGUUGGGAAUAUCGAUAUCGGUUGUCGAAGAUGCGUGAAGCACAGAAACAGGACAAAUCGAAAGCGUUCAAAGGUAAACAAACAGAUAAAACACCAGUUCAUGAACAGGUCGAUCCGAAACUAGCACAUUUAACGCCAGAACAAAGAGCUGUCGGAUGGAAAUAUCGCUAUCGAAUUCGACGAAAAUUGGAUUCAGCAAAGGAUGCGUCUUCAGUUGACAGUCAGCGUGAAAAACGUCCGAAAAAAGUCUCAUCCAAAGGAAAAAAGAAAGAAAAGAUCAUCAAACAAGUCGAAGAGUCGAUUGAAAAGAUCCUCAAUAUCGAUGAUAUUGACGAAACACCAUUCAUGGAAUACUUUCGUCGCGGUUCAUCGUAUAUUCUUUUCGGUCUUAUACCACCGGCCAAAAAAUCUAUUUGUCUCCUACCACUACCUGUCACAUUUUCCUUCUGUAACAAAGACAAUACCAAUCAGAUAGUACCGACAGCAACAACAAAGGCAGCGACGACGACGACAAAGUCGAAAAAAGCCAAGAAACCCUCGAAGAAAAAAUUGAAAACAAAGAAAGAACAGAAAGCAAAACAAUUUAUACAUGGUCGUGUAACGAAAUUAGGCGCAGAUGAUAAAGCAACCGAACGACGUGUCGAUGAAACAAUGAAAGUCUUAUAUAAAAAACCCUCAUUACCACCUUUACAAGUACCACCAUCACCCCCUACGCCAUCCAGAGACGAAGGAGAAGAAGAAGAAGAAGAAAAGCCGUUAAAACAACAUGUUAGCUUACCGAAACGAUCGGCAGAUGAAGCACCAAAAAAACGUCCUAAUAAUAACGCAAAUCUAACUAAACCAAAGAUUGGCGUUGAUUCGAAAAAGAAUAAAAAUAAGAAACAAUUUCAAAUAAUCGGUAAAGAAGUUAAAACUAAGAAUAAACGCACAUUAGUUCCACCUCCGACUCCUGCUGUUACAACAGACGCUCCACCGAUCGUUGAAACUGAAACAACUACCGCAAGUCCUCCGCCUCCGCGACUUCGAACAAUUUCCGAGAUUAUUCAAGAAGAUGCAGCAAAUAUUCUAGGAACAAAUCGAAAAGGUUCGAGAACACCUGAAGAAGUUCAAGCAGAAGCAGAAGAAGCAGAUGAAAUUGUUCGAGAACGUACAAGACCUACAGAAACAACCACAACAACAACCACAACAACAACAACGACAACGACGCAACCAACACUUGUCGAAAGUACCACGUCAGAAGAAGAAGAAGCUAACGACAAAAUAUCAGAUGACAAUGAGGAAAAGACAGCUGGAGAAAGUGUCCAACAAAGUGUGGAUGAUAUACUUAAUUUAGAUCAAAAUAAGGCUAGCUCUUAG